CCAGCAGGUGAGGGUACGCCUCUAUCUACUAGACUUGUUCAGACAUUCUUGCACUCAGCGAUUACAGGCUGAGGGAAACAUGUCUGCUCCUUGUACCUUGCACCUGGCUGUUCUGGGACUCUUAUUUGUUUCAGGUUAGUGAUUGUUUUCCCGAAUGGACAAUGUGAUCAGUACGGCGGGAUUAAACUUUGUACAGGUUGCACCAUAUGUAUUAAUAUUGCACUUUGUGCUGGUGUCUGUUUUGGCACAAGGACAGGGGGGAGUCAGUGUGGCUAUCCUGUUACUAAAUCCCGAGUUAUCGCAAUGAGGUUGUGACGUUUCCAGGCACUUGUUCCCACAGAUUACUCUGCCUCUAAUCGUUCAGGGCAUUUAUUAUUUAUGUAGCGCCAACAUAUUCUGCAGGGCUGUCCAACAGGAAUAUAACAACAACAAAUGGGUAAACAGGUUAAGGGGAUUAUAAACAAGAGGUGGGAAUUAUAAACAAGAGGUGGGAAUCCUAAAUGGGUGGCAAGGGAUUUUACUCAAAUCAUCUAACAAACUAAAUUUCAGGGCAGGAAGUCGGCAAAAGAUUAACAUCUGUUUUUCACUGCAAGUCUUUUGUGAGGCUGUUAAUAUGUACCAGCAGCAGCUGAACCAGAGCAUAAUUUGGGAUCUUAUUUACUAAAUGGUGUAUUGAAAAAAAAACCUUUUACAAGCUAAACUAAAAAGUUUUUUAGUGGGAUUUGUGGAAUUUGAAUGAUAACUUUCCAAAAAUUCACUGUUAGUAAAUCCAAUACUUUUUGUGUGUGUGUGUGUGUGUGUGUGUGUGUGUGUGUUGAGAAUGGACCGCCUAGAAAUACAAUUUUUUUUUUCUUUUAAAACACAACCUUUAACCUUUUGAUAUAUUUCUCACCAGUGUAAAGGAACUCUUACACCAUAUUUGCUCUUACUACAAUGCCCUACCCUGCAUGAUAAUCCUAAUCUCAUGAUUCCAUUCUGCAUUUCUUUGCCUCCAUGCAAAUCUAAUUCUUCAACCUAUUCCAUAUUUACAACCAAAUACAGCAGCCAUAGUUUUAAAAAGGUUGAAGUAUUCAAGCAUCUCAAUUCCUGCAAAUGAGUUAAAGAUUAAUCAAUUGUCAAACUAUUUUCAUACUGGUAUGCUAAUGGUAAAGGUUUUAGGACCCUGUGAUUGCUUGGCUUAGAACUAGGAUCACUAGAUCCGCCAUCAAGGAUAUUCACCAAACUCUGCAUUAGUAUACCAAAUUAAAAUCUGUUUUGUAAAAUUGAGGAAAAACUGCGGAUUUCAAAAAAAUUGUCCACAAGUGCUCUAGUCACAACUUGAAUAUUUUAGCCUCAAUUCUAUAAUUUGGCUUUUAAUUCAGAACAAUUCACAGUUUAGUGAAUAACUCAACAUGUUUUUCUGGACACUUAUCGUUCCUUUAUGCCGAUGGGCAGGACAGGAAAAAUGCUGCCCUGUGGAAUGUAGAAUUCCUAGGAAGUCAAUUAAUCAAAGCAAUUUCUCUGGUAUUUAUUUUUAAUUGAUUAUCCACCAGUUACAUAUGAAUUAUACAUACUGCAACGCUGCUACUUGAACGUACUGCCCUUCGACUGUUAUUUGAACUUUUAAUCAAAUAUAGCGGCAGCUUUGAAGCAGGUCCUUCCAAUUUUGUAUCUAGUGAUAGUCCUCUAGCUAAAGUUAAUUGUUUUCAUAACUUGUGAAAGUAAAUUAAUCUAAACUGUUUGCUAAAGGUUCUAUUGAAUGCUAAUAAUUCAACAUGUCUAACAAGAUUAUAGUUUAUUCCUUUUAAUGUUUAUAAAUAAUCCUACCCACCCUUUCAGGGCUUAAAAUUGAGUCCCACAUUACUAGCCAGUAGUGAUGUCCCGAACGGUUCGCAAAGGUUUGCCGCGAACGGUUCGCCACGGACUCCAGUCAGCAGACACAUUCCAACCAAUCAGCAGCAGACCCUCCCACCUCCUGGACAGCAUCCAUUUUGAAGCUGCAUUCUUAGUGAGCUGUCCAGGAGGUGGGAGGGUCUGCUGCUGAUUGGCUGGAUUGUGUCUGCUGACUGGAGUCCUUGGCGAACCGUUCGGCGAACAGUUCGGGACAUCACUACUAGCCAGGCCUUAAUAAAUACUUGCCUCUGCAAGCCUGGUGGGUCAAUGAGACCGUUACCUGGAGUAAAUUUCUCUUUGCCAGCUCAAAAUAUUCACUUGCCAAUGGCUAGUGGCAAGUUGACGAUUAUCAGCCCUGAUAUUGCAAUAAUAGAAAUAUACUUCUAUACUUUUGUUCUUACUUUUUAAAGUUUUUAUACCUUCCAAUGACUGCUAUAUGGAUGUUCAUAUGCAUAUGAAAGCAAUUUAGGUAAUGUUUGGAUGUAAGGAUGUUAAACGAUCAUAACCUAGGUUGGCUCUAUCCGGCAGCAUAUGAAUGCAACAUACAGCAGGUAGUGCUUUUAUGUAAUGCCCAUCAUGAUGCGCUCUGUGAUCACCUGGUGGAUCUGGGAACCCAGGCUGUUUUCAAAUCAUUUCUGUCCAAACACUCACGUUAGUUUUAUUACCCUUUUUCACCUGCCUCUCUCACUCUCUAAAUACUCUCCAGUUAUAACAGUACACACUGCACUCUAUACUUCUACAUUUUUUUUUAUUUUUUUUUUGUACGUGAUAUUUGAAUCAUUUACACUCUUUGCCACUUGGUGCAUUUGUGAGAGGGUAAUGCACGAGUGUUAGAAGCUGUUGCGUCACUUUUUAAGUGGGCUGCUCACUAUUAUGCAUUUUUUUUUGUAACUUUUUCUUUGAUAUUUAUUGUAUCAUUCUUUAUCUAUUUUCUCUGUUUCCCUUUCCUUUUCCCUUGUGUCUACACUUUUUUUCCUUUUCAUUUUUCACUUUUCCUUCAUUUUUGCUUUAGGAUAAUUCUGAUUUCUUAUUUCGUUCUCCAGGUCGAGAUAAUACGUGCUAUUAUUAUUUCGUCUGUUAAUUAUUGUAAACUGAAUUUCAGACACAAUGAGCAACUAUAAACCUGAGCAGUUUAUUUCUUUCAUAUGGAUGUUGGGCAGAAAAAUUUGUUGGCUUUGGCAUAAAAAACCUGUAUAAAAUACUUUAAUUAUUCAUUCAUUCUUUCAUUCACAAACACAAAUUGAGCCACUCAAUGUAAUGAAAUGUGUGUUUUGUUUUUUAUUUUAUAAUUAUUAGAAUAACUAUUGUAUCUCGUAUCUCAUUAUAUGCACACUUUUUAAUCAUAUAACUUCUAGAAUACUGGCACCUGUGUUAAUACUAUUCUAGGCAAGACUGGCCCGAGACAUGAGUCGAAAGGAAAUAUGACCGCAUCAGAGUGUGUGUCAGUGUGGUGGAUGCAGAGUGUGUGUCAGUGUGGUGGAUGCAGACAGGGCUGGAUUAACAUAGGGGCUGAUGGAGCUGCAGCUCCAGGCCCAGGCCCAUGGAAUAGGCCCAUUUUUACACACUACUCUUAGGUCUGCCAUCUGACUGGUAUUUUACUGGCACAGCCGGUAUUUGAGGCUGCCUGGCCGUGCCAGUAUUGCAGUAAUACAGGCAAUACAAAUGCAGAUAUUUUUCUCAGUAUAAAAGGAGAUUACUCUGCAAUACCAGCACCGGCCAGUAGGGGUCACUGUGUGUGGAGAGAGGCAGGGAUAGGAAGUUACAGCAUAUCCCUCUCUGCCUCUCUCUACUCACUGAUCUGCGGCGGAGCAGCUGCACAGCACAGAGAGUCCAGACAGCAGCUCCCAGCCUGCAGAGACAGACUACAGCCCAGGCAAGUGAGGGAUGGGGGGGAAAUGCAGCAGGGAAACUAGGGGACACUGAGACACUAGGGGACACUGAGACACUAGGGGACACUGAGACACUAGGGGACCUGGGGACACUGAGACACUGGGAGACCUGGGGACACUGAGACACUAAGGGACACAUGGGGACACUGGGAGACCUGGGGACACUGAGACACUAAGGGACACAUGGGGACACUGAGACACUGGGAGACCUGGGGACACUGAGACACUAAGGGACACAUUGGGACACUGAGACACUAAGGGACACAUUGGGACACUGAGACACUGGGAGACCUGGGGACACUGAGACACUAAGGGACACAUUGGGACACUGAGACACUGGGAGACCUGGGGACACUGAGACACUAAGGGACACAUUGGGACACUGAGACACUGGGAGACCUGGGGACACCGAGACACUAAGGGACACUGAGAGACCUGAGGACCUGGCCUUCCAAUUCUUUGGACAGACAUGCCCCCUUUUUGGGCAUGUUCGCCCCUUUUUGCAGUUCUGGUCACGUGAUUCGCGUCAGUUGCCCACCAUUUUACCCCCCCUCCCCCCAUUGACUUCCUGCUUCACUGGACACUGCUGUUAGGGGUUAUGGAUUUACUUGAAAGAUGAAAGCAUAUUAGAAAGAGAUUAGCAUGGAGUAUGUGUUUUCUUAUAGCUGCAUCCUUUGAGUUUCCCUCCAAUACCAUCUACAUCAGAUGCACGACACUUGAGAGGUAUGACUGUUUUACUGGUUUUAGUCGAUAAGAUUCUGUUAUUAGGCCCCAUCAUAAUUGUCAGCACCAGGCCCACUGGACUCUUAAUCUGGCCCUGGAUGCAGAGUGGGUGUCAGUGUGGUGGAUGCAGAGUGUGUUUACUGGUGUAUGCAUGUUGUGUAAAUGGAGCAUUCCCCCCACCCACUAUUAAAUGUAAUAAAUGUUUCUCCCCCUCCCUGCUUCUUAUCUGGUCCAGGGAGGGGAAUAUUCCAUCCCUGGUGGUCCAGUGGCAUUGUGGGGCUCCCUGUAUUUGCAGAGGGGGCCCAGCAGACUGCAGCAGGACAUUACAGCUCUUCCCUCUCUCCAACAGGUCUCCCGGGAGUUUGAGAGAGGGAAGAGCUUUAAAGUACAGCUGCAGUCUGCUUGGCCCCCUCUGCAAGUAUAGGGAGCCGGGAGCCCAGCUGCGUGUGUGUGUGUGUAUGUAUGUAUGUAUGUAUAUAUGUGUGUGUGUGUGUGUGUGUGUGUGUAUAUAUGUAUGUGUGUAUAUAUAUAUAUAUAUAUAUAAUGUGUAUGUGUGCAGAGAGGGAAUGUGGGGCUCAGGACUGCCAAAGCUGUCCGGGCCCCCCAGGACCGCCGGGCCCGUGACAACCGUCAUGGUUGUCACCCCCUGAUGGCGGCCCUGAAUCUCCCCGUCCUUUAUUAUAAUGUAAAGCGCUACGGAAUUUGGUGCCGCUACAUAAAUGCCAAUAAUAAUUUUAUUAUAACACAGUUACAAUCUCACUGACAAGGUGGGAAAAAAGUUUUCCAAAAGCUCCAAUAAACAUGAACUUUAGGCCUGCUCUGGUUGAUUUUUAUUACUUAUUUUGCUAGAAUGGUAAACAACAUUUUAAAAUGAAUUAACCAUUCAAGCAAUUCUGUUGUAAUAGGUACCAGAUGCCCUAUUCCAUCGUAAAAUAGAGAACGGUGUGGAAAGCGAUCUUUUUCGCAGUUCACUCGUGUUAUUUUGUGUAGCUUAGCAGAAAGACUCUCUACGUGUAUAACAACUUAUUUUAGUGCUUAUGGUAAAAUUUGUUUUUUCAAUAGAGGUAUAUUAGACCAUCAAUGUCCCCUAACAGAUAACAUAAUACACGAUAGGCAACCUUCAACACUCCAGUUGUUGUGGACUACAUCUCCCAUAAUGCUCUUGCACCCAUAAUGCUGGCAAAACAUCAGGGGAGAUGUAGUCCAAAACAUCUGGAGUGCUGAAAGUUACCUACCCCCGAUAUAAUACCAUAUAAUGAGCUGUAGUGUUUAUGGUGCUUAGUGACCGGUUUUAAUUUUCUGUUUGAAUAUGAAAGAUUAAUAAAUAUGUCACACACUCUUUAUUUAUUACCACCUAACCUCCUCUUGCCUCCUCCAUUUUCCCUUCAGCGUACCCCAUGAAAGUCUUCACGUCAAAAGAAUUAGAAGCUUUGAAUGGCACAGACGUCCGUCUGAAGUGCACGUUCAGCUCGGAGUCACCACUUGGGGAAGAUAUCACGGUGUCCUGGCAAUAUCGACACCUUCAAGAAGAGAAAACAGAGAAUGUAAGUACUGAAUUAUAACAAAGCUUUAAUUACUCUGCUUGUUGUGCUCUGUCAGCAGCGAGGACGGGCACUCGUAGCAAUGCAGGAACAGGUAAUUUCCAUUCCAACAUUGCUUAAUCAAGCCACAGACAUGUUGGGGCCUAGACUGAACUCCUCAAAAAUGCAAAUCUCAAAACAAGCUAUGCCAAAGUGAUCAGUACACCCGUAAACCUUCUCGUGUACCGGCUCUUUGUAUGCAUUCAAGUGCAUGUAUUAUUAACCCAUUAAGGACCAAACUUCUGGAAUAAAAUGGAAUCAUAAGUCAUACAUGUCAUGUGUCCUUAAGGGGUUAAAGGGACACUAUAGUCACCCAGACCACUUCAGCUCAAUGAAGUGGUCUGGGUGCCAGGUCCCUCAGGUUUUAACCCUUCAGAUGUAAAACAUAGCAAUUUCAGAGAAAUUUGCAUCCAGCGUGCAGAACUUCCAUAGGAAAGCAUUUAGAAAUGCUUUCCUAUGGACUGUUUGAAUGCCCGCGGCUCUUGCCGCACAUGCGUAUUCCACUCCAUUUGGGAGCUGACGUUGGCGGGGGAGGAGAGGUCACUAGCGCCAAGGGAACCCGGCACUGGAUUACGGUAAGUAGCUGAAGAGAUUUCAACCCAUUCAGUGCCAAGGGAGGGGGGACCCUGAGGGUGGGGGGACCCUGAGGGUGGGGGGGAACCCUAAGUAUUAUAUAGUGUCAGGAAAACGGGUUUGUUUUCCUGACACGAUAGUGAUCCUUUAACCCCUUAAGGACACAUGACGGAAAUAUUCUGUCACAAUUCCCUUUUAUUCCAGCAGUUGUGUCCUUAAGGGGUUAAAGUAAAUCAAUAAUAUUUAGCUUUGAAAUAGGAAGCUGGUAUUCACAGUGUAAAACUUAAUAGGCUUAUUUUUCUUUCUUUAAACUCACUGCACACUUUGUUUUGCACUUUGGGUUAUGGUGUGAGGACUUUGUUAGGAAUUAUACGAGGGGAAACCGUCAUCAAUGGGGCUAUUUAGGACUUUUUCAAGUAGGCAGAAUGAAAGGGAUCUAUCCAUUUACUAGAUGUUCAGCUUUUAUCUAGUUACUCUUGUCAGGCAGCAACCUUUCCAGUCUGUGUAUCUCCACCUGCAGAAUACUUUGUUAAUCUAGUUAUUUGGGGGUGGAAUUCACAGCAAGAGCUUUACUAAGUGUGACUAUGGUGAAUCUUCCUGAUAUCCCAAGCCUUGAUUUACUUUAUUUAGUUUAUUUUUUCCAGACAUUGACCUUCAAGUCAGUUUAUUUAUCUCUAGCAAGUUUAGGAAAGGCUUGUUUAGAAGUGUUACUUUCUCUGGGACAGUUUUCCUAGCACUCUGCACAACAUAACAAAAAUAACCAGUGGCAACUUUGUUUCAAUAUACCUUACUAUAGUACCUUUUGAGUUUAUUUAUGCGCAGGCGUAAUAGGUGGCCAUAUAUGUUCCAGGGAUCAUCACUCUCUCCUUCAGUUUUAUGGGCCAGAGAGGCUUGUGUAGUCUUUGCUUUUUGCUGCUCAUUAUUACCCUCUAUUUUUGAUUAAUUCUAGCAGCCUCCUGGAUCCUACGUACCCAUUCAGGAUUGCAGAGCUUAACAGCGUGUGCGUGUGCGUGUGACUUAUGGUUGUUCCUUUCAAUAUACUUUUAAUAAAUUGUAUUUUUAAAUUUUGUCAUACAAACCUAUAGGGACUUUAUUGUGUCCUCUGGGCUUUAGGUCCACAGGUCACUCCAGUCUACGUGUGUGUGUGUGUGUGUGUGUAUGUAUGUAUGUAUGUGUACAUACAUACAUACAUACAUACAUUUUAUAGAUUGAAUAACCGCGCAAGAGCUCAGCACUCAGCAUCUCCACAAUGUUAUGUGCCCAGAUACAUUGUAGCAUGAAAGAGUUCUCUUGGGACUUUUUAACCAAUAAACUAAUGUUGUUAUUUAAUUCCGCAUUACUACAAAGUAUAAUACAGGCAGUCGAUGUAUCAGUCCCGCCUGGGAUGAUUGUCAAGAUUUUCAUCUUGAAAAAUAUCCCCAGACAGGACAUCAAUGUCAACUGACUGUAUUUUCUAAUUUGUUGUAAUGCAGAAUUAAAUAGCAACAUUAAAAGCCGAUCAGAUUGAGCUAUUGUGAAAUUCUUCAUAAAAUAAACAUUUACUUAUACAGCAUGUUAUGUAAUUGUAUGUUUGUUUGCUUUUUUUUAAUGUCUUGUUUUUAACAGGGUUUCCCAUAUAAUUUGGUUGUUUCUUAGUUUUUGUGUUUUAUAUUAUUUCCUUGAACAUUAUUUGCUUCUACUUUCAAUGCUACUUAUUAGUUAUUCCAUCUCGUACUAUUCUACACAAUUACUAUGUAUCACAUGCGGGCUUAGCUUUUAUUGAUUCGUUAUUUUCUGUUAAAGUCCAACCUGUCCCAGCUACUUACAUUUUAUAUGUGUUAGAUUUUUGUCCGAAUUUUUGUACAGGCUCUCUAUGACCUGCUAAGAAAACAUGAGUAAUGUCAAUUAAUCGUUAAUGGUAAACAAUAUUUUUUUCUUAACUACGGCUUUUAUUUAAUAUUUUUGGAUACACCUUAAAUUUAUUUUUUAAUAGUUUUUUUUUUGUUUUUGUUUUUUAAAUAUUAAAGUAUCAAUAAAUAUUUAAAUAUAACAAAACACGACAAUUUUUUAUAUAUAUAUAUAUAUAUAUAUAUAUAUAUAUAUAUAUAUAUAUAUAAUUUAUUUUUUUUAUUUUUUUCAUAACAUUCAAUCAUUAGAGAUGUUUUAUCCAAAACUAUGAAAUAAUUUGAAAAGCUUACCCAACAAUAUUAAAUCGAUUCCUAUGUUAUGCUGUUUUAGCUGUUACCCAUUUAUGUUAUAACCUUGUAGUACAAUAUACAAAAGAAAAGUUACAUUGGAGUCUAAUGUGUAGGUGAUGUCACACGAUGGUCAUACAUAAAAGAUAAAUACAGCUGAUUAAAUGUAGGUGUAAACUGGUUCUGUAACUGUGUACAAUGCUUUUUGGAAUGUGAACUAUGGGGUGGUUUGUUCAUGUAUCAUACUCCCAGCUAGACAAUAAAACUUUAUGUUUGGAUAGGGCUUAGCAUUGUAAGUUUUGUCCCCAUUAGAACAGAACUGAGAAAAGGUUUAAAUCCAGAUCUAUUGAUGUAUCUUGGAAGACUGGUUUGGAAAUCUCUGACCUAGACAAUCAACGGCCUUCUGGAGAUUCUUGCUCGUAAACAUUGCUAUCAUAAUUAGGAGGAAAACUAGUUACAAUCCGGGCUUACGUGAAGAAGGUUUGGUUCACAGAAGAAAAAUAUAUGUGAAAGUUGCCGUUGAACUGAGAUAGCAGAGAAAGGGAAAAACAGCAAGUCGUGCUCAGUUUUAAUUAAAAGGACCAUUGCUCGUGACAAAAUGGCAGAUACAGUGGUUCUGAGUGGAAAAGAGUGGAACUUUUGCCUGCCCAGUGGAAUGUGAAAUGCUUUAGUACCAGUUCUUUGGGUUUAAAAAGGUCAAUAAUCCUCUCAUCUAUAGGUAAAGAGAAGAAGACCUCAAUCCUUCUAAAUUAUUAAUACUUUGUCCAGGAGAAAUAAAACCAAAGUAGUAGAAAUAAAUGCAGUUAAGGCUUUUGUAGGUUUUGUGCAAAUCCAUCUGAUUGAUCUCAUUUUCAACUUUUGGAGCUUCUUACCUCUACGAUACAAGGGCCAUUCUGUGUGGUGCAUAAAACCAACACCUAACAUUUAGCUGUCCAAGUGUUUGGUGUGAGCACUCAUUUCAUGGAAUUGAUAACCACAUGGCUGGGUGAACAGGGAACAGUGCUGUAAGUGCUCUCACAGUACACCGUAUAGCAGGGGCGCCCAAAAGAUAGAUCCCCAGAAAGUCUAAAACUACAUUUCCCAUGACGCUUUGCCAGCCUUCAGAAUGACAAAUAAUCAGGGAUUCUAAAGUAAUUGUGGAUAUCUGGUGUGUAAUGUGCAUACAGUUUUCAUGAUUCAGCCACUCUAAUGCAGCACACCCUUUUCAAUCCGCAUAUAAAGUACAGGGUGUGUUUUUCUCAAGUAAAAGAAAAUACAUUCCAUAAGUAGAAUUAAGUUCUUUUAGAACAAAUAUAAAAAAGUUUUUAAAAAGAGCUAAAUUCUGUCCACUUUAAAUGGACAUUAUAGUCACCUGAACAACUUUAGCUUAAUGAAGCAGUUUUGGUGUAUAGAACAUGCCCCUGCAGCCUCACUGCUCAAUCCUCUGCCAUUUAGGAGUUAAAUCCCUUUGUUUAUGAACCCUAGUCACACCUCCCUGCAUGUGACUUGCACAGCCUUCCAUAAACACUUCCUGUAAAGAGAGCCCUAUUUAGGCUUUCUUUAUUGCAAGUUCUGUUUAAUUGAGAUUUUCUUAUCCCCUGCUAUGUUAAUAGCUUGCUAGACCCUGCAAGAGCCUCUUGUAUGUGAUUAAAGUUUAAUUUAGAGAUUGAGAUACAAUUAUUUAAGGUAAAUUACAACUGUUUGAAAGUGAAACCAUUUUUUUUUCAUGCAGGCUCUGUCAAUCAUAGCCAGGGGAAGUGUGGCUAGGGCUGCAUAAACAGAAACAAAGUGAUUUAACUCCUAAAUGACAGUGAAUUGAGCAGUGAAAUUGCAGGGGAAUGAUCUAUACACUAAAACUGCUUUAUUUAGCUAAGGUAAUUUAGGUGACUAUAGUGUUCCUUUACUAUAAAAAACCUUAAUGGGACUCUCCUUGCACCAGUAAAACUAUAAUGCAUUUAAUGGGUUUUGAAUUCAUUAAAUAUUGUAAUGUUUUGCUCAAAUAAAAAAAAUAUUUUAUAUUUUGCAGAAUAUGCACCUAUUAAGUCUGUAUGUGAAGCUAGGCCACCCUCACUCCAGACAAAGACAAAAAAUUAAGGACAAUGUAGCUGACUUGUAAAAACUCUGUAAUUUGGCAGUGCUACCCUGAAUGUUCAAAAGCUAUCUUCUGUCCGUACUCCCACCUCUGAUGCUCGCCUUCAAGAUUUCUCGAGGGCUGCACCGUUCCUAUGAAACUCGCUUCCCUCUUCCGUUAGAUGCUCACCCAGUCUCCACUCCUUAAAAAAAUCGUUAAAAACCCACUUCUUCAUAAAAGCGUAUCAAUUAAACUGUUAAUAACUCCCAACUGAUUCCUCUUCUGCAACUGUGACUAGUCUAAUACUAUGCUUACCUUUUUGUGUCACUUUACCCCACUCCCUCUAGCAUGUAAGCUCAUUGAGCAGGGCCCUCAACCCCUCUGUUACUGUGUGUCCAACUUGUCUGGUUACAACUACAUGUCUGUCCAUCCACCCAUUGUAAAGGGCUGCGGAAUUUGAUGGCGCUAUAUAAACAAUAACCUAAUAAUAAUAAAACUGUUUUAACUUCAUCCCAACUCACUAUAUAAUAUAUAAAUCCCAUUAUAUUUGUUUCUGUACAAUCAUGGAUGCAGACAGCUGACCGUAAAACCUGGGAUUGUGUGUUUUUUUUGUUUUGUUUUUUAGCACCUUCCUGUAGUAUUAAUAAUAUUAUUACAUGCAUGUGAUUCAUGGUUUACACCAUGAAACAUCUUACAAUAAAAACCGUACACUGUGUUAAUUUUUAUUUUAUUUUUUAGAUCAGCCCCUCAUUUUUCGCCUGAUUGCCAAAUUCUUGCACAUACCUUUUUUAAAUAUGAGGGGAAAAAUGCCUAUUCUUUUUAGGGGAAUUCUAGAUGUGAAUGCAUUCAUGUUAGCAGAGCUAUUCUCUAGUCACAUACCUCUGCUGUUAAACAUACAAGUUGCCUGCUGUGGAUUGUUGCAAGGUAGCCUUCGAAGGGUAGUUAGGUGGUCUUUGACACUCCCUACUUGUUACUGCUGUAGGUGACUGGACCACAAGUGACCCACAUGUGGUUGGCAGCUUCUUGUCUAGUUGUCAUUAUCCCCUUAAGGACACAACUUCUGGAAUAAAAGGGAAUCAUGACGGAAUAUUUCUAACCUGUCUGAUCUGAUCAUGUAGAACAGCUACUGUAGCACAAAUUGCUGAAAACGUAAUGCUGGCCAUGAUGCAAAGGCCAGUUUGCUGCCUAUGGUGCUGUAUAGCCGCAGACCAGUCAGACUGUGCCAUGUGCAUCACCUACUGGGGAAGAGAUGGCUAAAGGAAACCAUGAAGAUGUGAUCUAGUAUGAGGAAGCGGACCAUUGCCUAAGCAAAUACAUUUAUAAGUAGUUAUGUUUGAAUAAAUUGUGGUGAUGAGAGAAAGAUUUGACAAAGUAGGGUAUCUGAAAGUAAAAUAAAUACCCUCACAAAGUAGCCCAAAGUCUUUAAAGACUGAUCAUCUCAGAUUCAGAGUGAAAUUUCACAGUUGUAAUCUUGACCCAAGAUCAACUGAAUUCACUUUUAUUUAUUUAUGAUCCCAGGGAGUUACAUUUUCUUCAUCUCUCCAGGUGUUCUAUUAUCACAGGGAACCGUAUCCUCCACCUCCGGGUCGAUUUAAUAGCCGUGCUUUCUGGGAUGGGAACCUGAACCGUGGUGAUGCCUCUAUAAUGCUAAGAAAUGUUCAAGAAAUGGACAAUGGAACUUACCUAUGUCAAGUCAAGAACCCACCAGAUGUGCAUGGACAGAUGGGCGAGAUCAUGCUCAGAGUGGUCAACAAAGGUAGCUUGGAGUACCAAUAACAAAGGCUUUAAUUUACAGCAAUCAACAAUGUUUUCUCUUUAAAUAAAUGCAUCAACUUUGUAUCAUUUAUACCUCUGUUGUUAUUCUUUAGUCUUGUUUCCGUGAUUGUCAUCAUUUCGAGAAUUUUGUGACUUGGUUGAGUUACUCUGUUGCCAUUUUUUUUUCCUCCCAUUUCUACAGCAAAGUUCUCAGAAAUUCAUAUUUUAAUGCUGAUAAUUGGCAUUGGCAGUGCCUUUAUAAUCUUGUUGGUCUUGGCUAUAGUUCUGUUCCGGUACUAUAGGAAUCGAAAUGAAAGGAGCACUCCUGUCUCUAAUCUGGAAUGGUAAGAAGGAAUAAUUACUUCUAGCACUUGAUUGUGGAAAGCUUUUAAAUAGAAAUGCAAAUCUUCCCUGUCGCAGGAUGUUAAACCACUUUAAUUCAGAGAACACAAAUUGAGGAUAAAGCCUCGAAGCCUGGUUUGCUGUUAAUUAUGGUGUUCCUUUGUGAAGAAUUAAAAAUAAAUAUCCACUCUGUUGAGACUACUGUUAUUAAUGAGUGUAGGAAAAUAAUGGAAAGUACACAUAGUGCAACGGUAAUAAAUAAAGUGAUGCACUACGUAAUAGUACUGGAAGAGGGCAGAUUAAAGACAAACUAUGGAAGAAUACUGCAGGCUGAGGUUCAUAACCCAGGCCUCGAUACACUCAAACAGUCUAGCAUUUAAUUAUUUCCCAAUUCUGUUCUAACAGGUAUACUGACACAAUACAGACUGUCAGUUUGCCUUAAGGACUGGGCUGUGUGCCAGUUCUGUAAAUUGAAAGAUAGCGCACGUUGGUGAAACAUAUGCAGAAGAAAGGACAUACUAUUUAUUUCCUCUAAUGCUGUAAUAAUUUUCAUUAUCAGUACGGAGAAGUUAACGGAGAAGCCACAAGACCUAACUGAAGUUAUCUCGUAACACCAGAGGAGACACUUCAGAUGGUCAGGUAAGGUCCAGUUCCAUCCUAAAAGGGUAGAUUAGGGUUACAAAGUAAAUAAUUAGUAUCUGCAUUGCUAUGAGAAACUGGCAACAUUAUAUUUCAGUAAUAAAAAGCCACCUCCACAUUUGGUCUGUUUUUAUUAAUUUUCCACCUUUUCCUGACUCUAGGCUUGUCCUGCAUAGAUUUUUUUUUUUCAUCUCAUCUGUCUGUGACAUUCUUUCAGUCCUUCUUCUUUUCCCAUAUCUCAGUAAACUUUCAUUUUUUUUAACUUGCCUCUCUCUGGGUCUUUCCUUCCGUAUUUGUAUUCUCAGGUUAUUCACUGAAGGACUUGAGUAUAAAAUUUUCCCACUGUACUCAAGCCUUGCAUCAUGUCUACCUGACAUACGCAGAGGGCAUAUUUAACACUCACAUUUUCAACUUCCUUAACCCCUUAAGGACACAUGACAUGUGUGACAUGUCAUAAUUUCCUUUUAUUCCAGAAGUUUGGUCCUUAAGGGGUUAAAAUAGCAAACGGCUAGACACAUUUCGGUGGACCUUCCUACAAAUCGAUAAAAUGGGACAUGACUGUUAUGGAGAAUGUGAUAACAUUCUAUCUAUAAUAAUUGAUCCAGAGUGUUUCCAUUAUUGGGAUUCCAUGCCAGCCUUUCAGAUUACAAGUAAUCCAAUGCUCCGCUGCUCAGAGAUGUAAUAAGUGGCAGUGCAUCUCUACUGGUCACUGACAGCAGUCGUGUAUUGCACCUGUAUCCAGCGGUGUAUUGAGGUGAAGUCUGACCUUCUGAAAAGAUCAGGGGAACUUGUCUCCCAGCACUUCGUUGGAAGAGUGGCAACUAAACACUUUCUGGCUCAAUGUCAAUACUGCACUGCCCAUUGCCCUACAGUGCAGCAUGCUGUCAUAAAAGCUGAGAUCAUUCAUCAACCUGAUUAUUUAUAUAAAGACUUUGCAUAUAGACCACUAAUAUUCACUGCACAUAUAUCCUAUCUAUCUAUCUAAUCUAUCCUUGAGUGGAGAAUCUUUAACAAUGUGCAUUUUUAGGUAAUUUUAAUAUAAAAUAUUGAUUUUGAGCGGUCUGUUAAGUCCCAGGAAUAUGAUAUGCAGUUUAGAAGCAAUAAAUUAAAAAUGGAUCUAUGACACAUCUUAAAAGAUACAGCUGUUUGUAAAUCCAGGAAUUCCUUUUACAUCAGAGCUAUUUUUAUCAACAUUAUUAGAGUGCUUUAAGGACCAUUAAGUAACACAGGCUACUUCAUCUCAAUGAGAUGGCCUGGGUAGGCUGAUCCUGUCAUUUUAAUCCUUCAUGUUAAAAUGUUUUGUUUUUUGCAGAAAGAGCAAUGUUUAACUUGAAGGGUUAAGCUCACCACUCGGGCCGGUGCGUCCUAUAGGCCGAUUAGGCGGCUGCCUAGAGCGCUAUUUAAGGGGGGUCCCAGCAGCAGUUUUACUGCUGGUUUUGGCCGCCCCACUAUGUUUGGCGUGCCGCAGGUGAUGGCUGCAGAAUAGCGCCCAGUGCCAUCAUCCUCAGCCAGCCAGGAACACAGAGCCGCCCCUACACACCUCCAAUGUUGCAGCGAACAGAUGCAUCGUAUGAUUGCUCCACCCUCCCCUUGCACUCGGAGUUAAAUGGGCAGGAGUACAGCGGGGGUGGAGCUUACAGAGAAUGAAGGCAGCCAGGCCUGAACUGGGACCUACAGAGAGACCAUAUUAAAUAAAGGCAAGUGGGGGACUUCAUGGUGUGUGUCAGUCUGUUUCAGUCAGUGUGUUUGUGUGUGUGUAUGCUUGUAUCAGUGUGUAUGUCUAUGUGUGUCAGCCAGUUUUAGUCUUUGUGUGUGUAUGCUUGGAUCAGUGUGUAUGUGUGUGUGCGCACGCGCUUGAGUCAGUGUGUGUGCGUGUGUCUAGAUCACAGUCCGUGUGUGUGUCUGCUUAGGUCAGUUUGUGUAUCAGUCUGCAUCAGUCAAUGUGUGUGUGUGCAUGGAUCAGCGUGGGAGUCUAGAUCAGAGUGUGUGUGUCUGUUUGGGUCAGUGAAUACGUGUCACUCUAGGUGAGUCAGUGAUUUUGUGUGUGCAUUGAUCACUGAUUGUAAUUGUGUGGACAAGUGUGUGUGAGUGUGUGUAUGUGUGUGUGUGUGUGUGUGUGUGUGUGUGUAUAUAUAUAUAUAUACACACACAUCUAUCAGUGAUUGCAUUUGGGCAAAAAGGAUAAUUUGAAUAAAAAAAAAGAAAAAGUCAAUACAUUUAAAGUAACACUAUAGUGUUCGGAAUCUAAACCUGUAUUCCGAAUACUAUAGUUCCUUUGUCCCUACAACUACAUAGAUUCAAGUCCUCCCCAGACCCCGCCAUGCCGUAAAAAUGAUUUUAAAAAAAAGUGGUGGGUUACUUACAUUUAUCAAGCACCAAGACUCUCUCUGCACUGCUUGGCUCCUUACCUUGCUCAAUGUCACUGAUGGGGCAACGCUGAUCCAGUCUAAUGUUCCUCAUACAGGAGUAUUGGGGACCUGAAGCGCAUAAGUGGCAAGCACUAUGCACUUCCAAUACUUCUCAUAGUUACAUGGCAUUGUAGCAGAGCUGUUUCUAGUGGCUGUCAGUGUGACCACUACUAGAGUCUUGUAAGGCAAUGUUUUAUCUUGUGGGAUUAAACCUACAGGACCACUGUGGAGCGAAUGGGGCGGCAAAAUAGUUUUUUGCCCAUUGUGGCAAAAAUCCUUGCACCGGCCCUGUCACCAUAUGUCACAGUACCCCAAUAUCAGUGAGUCCUACACUAAUUUUAACAUGGGAGAUUAACAUGCUAACUGCAGUAUUUCCUAUGUAUUGCUAUAAUGUUCCUUUUAACCCCGUAUGGGUCAGUAAAAUUCCUUGCGGUUCUGACAAUCUAGUCUAUGUAGAUCAUAGCUCACCAUCGGCUAUAUAGCCAGUUAUAUUUUAUAAGACAAAAUCAGACGUACAGGCUAUUGACAUCACUAAAUGGGUAGGAUGUUCUCUCACUGCAUAGGGUCCUUAACCCUGCCAUGCCCUACUUGGACUGUCCUCUAUCAUAGGACUACCUAGUACCUAACCUACUAUUGUCCUAAUGGGAUUAAAGAACAUAGAUUGUUAUAACUACAUAAAACAUCAUCAAAAAGUACAGCCAUAGUUACAACUUGAUUAUUUUAGUAAAUAAAAACCAAUAGUGAAAUGGAGUGUGUUUUUGUUUCAAGCUCCUGACUAUCGAAAAAUUCUUAAAGGAACACUAUAGGGAAAACGAGAGAAAUCUCAAUGUAUCUUUCCUGGUAAAAUAUUUUAUAAAUAAAUAAAUUAAUUUCCCUAGUUUUCAAGCCCCCCUUUUUUUAGCUUGCCUCUCUUCAGCACCGAUGCUCCUCAGUGCUGGCUAGCUCUCGUCCUCUACCAACGAUGGUGGGACCUAAUGUGUAGCGAGCACCAUGUGUGCCUUCAAGUUUCUCCAUAGGAAUCAAUGCUUUCCUAUGGGGAACAUAAAUGUUAGUUCUCAUAUAACAGUGUCCCUUUAACUGAACCAUUUAACUUACUAUAAAGGUUGACAGUGAGUGAGGGUGUAUUACAAUGGCCAGCAGGUGGCAGGCUUGUACCAAAGGCUGAUGUAUCACUCAUGGUGUAAGCUGUGACUGCAUUAAGACAGGGAGUGGUAGUGGCAUUAACCUGUUCAGCUACAUUGGCCAUAAGUGUGAAAUUCCCGUAGAAUUCCUAAUAAUGUUCCCUUUAGUGAAAAAUCCUGACCACAUCUGGAAGAUAAAUGAACUGGGGGGGAAAAAAGCUGUCGAUCUUUUGAAGUUCCCAUAGUAACUUCAAAAAUCCUUAUUAAAACUAAAAAUUUCUAAUUUAAUAUGACUUCUAAUUUGUCAUGUAAGCUGUUUAUCUUCUAGAAAUCAAAGUGGCUUCAGUGUUCCUUGAAAGAACAAAACCAAAGGCAAUAGUGCGGUCAAUCAUUGGGUUAGGCGUCCAAAGAAGAUACAAAAUAUCCUGCACUUGGGAACGGAAUGAUAUAUGAAGUAUUAAUGUUUGGAUAGGAUGAUUGUGUCUAUCUUUAGCCAAACUACUAUAAAGACUGUAAGUGGUAUAGAACAUCAUCAUGUCUCCAGUGAUGGAUUAUAUUAACGCCGGAAAGAAAUUAUUAUAACAUCCAUCACGGCACACGAGAAUGAUGUAUUUGCAGCUGAUUGAACAGAGUGACGUUUCCUAUUCCCCAGUUUUAUAGACUUAAGGUACUCGUGAACAUCCAUUUUUUUUAAUGAGGUUACAGUAAAUGUCGAGUAAAUUCCAAAAUUCAAGUUAGCCAAAGUGAAAACUGUAGACAAAGGAUGUUUCCAGUUUGACUAUGGAAUAAAUACAUUGAAAAUCACUUUAAAUUUCUGGCAUUUAUAGUUGAAAACUCUGAGGGUUUCAGGAAAUCUUAAGAACAGUGAUUCAUUUUGUCUUCCCCUUUAAAUAUGUAUAUUUUGUUAAUCAUCAUUCAAUAGCCUUUAGUUCCCCACUAACUCGCCUAACCUUUACCCAGAGUGUGUUGUUGUCUUUCCCAAUCCUCCAUAAUAAAUAAAACAAUGCCUAAGUGAUAAUCUACCCAGAUUAAGCAAGGAGCCAGGCUGGGUUAAUCCUGCUUUAGACAACAGAAACCUCAAUUGCAGUAGAUAGUGCAAAGGUCAAAAGUGAUAGGGCAUUGGGUCUAAUUAAAGCCUCUUAAUAGCUUCCAUUUCCUCGGAUUGUUUUCAAAUGUUAUAACCAUUUUGAUUGUUCCCUUAUUAUAACAAGGGUUAGUUUGAACUGGCCAUUGUUAAAGGAAACCUGCUCUGUUCGCAUUACAGAGGCGGUUGUGACAUUUCUGUAACCCCCACCUCCAGUCUGCCCGCACUCCACCUGGUCUCGUCACUUAUUUCCCCAAGCAGAGCAAACCUCUCCAUUGCCGUAUGCCAGCGUCUGGACAUAGUGAUGUUGUGAUACUCUCUACCCACUGUUGGCAGCACCAACUAGGGCAUUGUCAUAGCAACUGCAGUUCACGUGCUGUGGUUGCUAUGGGUGGAGAGCAGAAGGCCUGCCUGUGGGUGGUCUCCUUUAUCAAUCAAUUUCUCGGCAUUGAGUCUAUGCUGAAGAAUUGAUUGACAAGUGGGAAGAUAACCUAUUUAAAAAUAGUUUUUUCUCUCAAUCUACGCAUUUGCUAGUUAGCACAAUGUAUAGAUGAAAUGUAUGGUCUUAAAAGAGCGUAGGUAGAGGUUGGCACAUUACAGGUUCUCCUUGAUGGGUACAUAUUUUGAUCAUGAGUAAGUAAAAUCACCUAAACACUUAAGUAAUUGUGUUUUUUUUAUAUAAUUACUGUGUGAUCAAUUUCAGUUGUUUUUACAUGCACAAAAAGAAAAAGCGCCACUUUAUUCACACAAACCGUUUUUGUUUUUCUCUUUUGUAAAUAUAUUGUUUAAUUUACCAUAAUUGUACUUUUCUGAUCAAUUAUAAUGGCAGCAUUACAUCCCCACCCUAUAAGAGUUGUGAAGCUGAUUACAGAUUGCCUGAUAAGACGGGGUUUUUAUUUUCUAUACAGUUUAUCCAGGGAGAGGGUUGGAUCAUGACGGAGAUCUUUAACGUUUCCAUUUCACUGUGUUCAUACUCUUUAGGACUCCUCAGUCUUUUCAGAGGCCGUGGAUCUUUCCUUCAGCCUGCCUUCCAUUGUGAUAUCCAGAGAAAGGGCCUAUUAGAUGGACUGGAGAACCUGGUCUGAAGAUAAUUGUGUUUUGUAUGUGUUUAUUUGUUUUAUUCAGUAUAACAAACCAGUAGCACUGCCAAAUAAUUUAUGGACUCUUAUCUAGAGGUUCCAUACUCCAUUAGUGUUGUUUUACGAUACUGAAUCGAUUCUACUUCCUAUUUGUAGUUAUUUGAGGAGUAAUGCUGUUGCUGUACUGCCUGCUCCAUAGCAAAGACAAGAGACCUGCAGUUCGGGGCAAACUUUAUUUGUAAAUAUGUAUUUGGAUCCAAUCUUGAAGACUGAAAGUGUUUGUUUUUGUUUUCUUAUGUCUUUCCAUUUUAUUUUAAAAAUAAUGCUGUAGAAACUGUAAAAAUAUUUUUAUUGUAAAUAAAAGAUUUAUUCUACUUUUAUUUGUUUUACAUAAAUAGCUGUUGUGGUUGGAUUGGAAUAACAGCAUGUUAUCCUGCUUAGGGAAAACGUUUAAAUAUUUUUACCACUAGAAUAUUUUUACAUGCAGUACUACAUCUUGCCACUAGGAGGAUGGACAAUACUGUAUACAUUUCAAUGACAAGAGUGGCUUGGGGCUUUCUCCACAAUUCUUUUAUCCUCACAAAUGGUUCAUGUUUAACCCCUUAAGGACACAUGACAUGUGUGGCAUGUCAUGAUUCCCUUUUAUUCCAGAAGUUUGGUCCUUAAGGGGUUAAAGCUUGUAAAUAUCUAUGUCACGGCUUCUUACUACAAUAUACUGUUGAAGACUUGAAAGCUUGAACAAAAAUGGGAGACUAGUCCAGAUGGAAAUAUAAUAAUUUUAAGUAUUGCUUAUGGUCUCCUCUGAUAGCUACUUGAGAAAGUUACCUAAGAAUACUCGAAUAUUUUACGCUGCUAAGGUUAUGUGAGGACCAUUCUGCCAUGCCUUCUGCAGAAGUUGAAAAACAUUACAAAAACAAAAAAAAAGCUUGCGUACUACAUGUGAAUUGUUCACAAGGAUUGAGUGCUGAUUGGGCCAGUUAUACCUGCAUGAGGAGGCACUGCUGUAAAUGACCCUGAGUGGUUGUAAGUAUGGGGAUAGACUGGUAUAACAUCUGGGCACAUGUCAAUGUUUUGGGGUGUCUUGAAACUUCUGAAACAACCAGUGUCUCCUCACAGACUGAACAAUCCUUAGUGUUUGUGAGCAUUGAUAUAGUCUACCUGGGUGUUUGAAUGUGCAAUAGAACGUUAAUGAACCGCAUGUAUUCAGAUGUUGAUGCAAGAAGGACAAGGUUCUUCUACUUCUCAAUUACACUACUACAGACAAUAAACCUCUCUGACCUGACCAAUUCCAUACAAUUUUAUUCCUGAACGUAUCUCAAGCAUCUUGGAGGCUCAUAAGGGGCACAACAAGCACAAGAUCCAUAAGAACUAAAUUAGGCUUUAGUAGUUAUGGUGCCAGGACUACUGUUACCAGUCUGAGCCAUAUUCUGCAUGCAUUUGGAGCUACUCAGAGUAAUUCACUCCAUUCCAGAUUUUCAUGAAUUAAAACCAAUUGGAAGAAAUGAGGCAAAACAACUGAUCAUUUUAGUAUAAAUUCUCUGAGCAAACAACUUUCACUAUAUAUGAAAUGCAUUAUACCUUUUUGUCAUUAUACUGCACUUCUCUUAGAUUCUAAGCUUGGUAUUCAAACUGUCUUCAUGUAACUACUUGUUUUAUAGUCCAAUUAUUGUGCAGCGCUCCAGAAUACGUUGACUCUUUAUAUAGUAAUAAACAACUUGUAUGCCAUUUCUAGUCAUUUGGUCAAUGCUGUACAAUGUGUUGGCCCUUUAUAAAAUAAAA